GGGAAAUGUGAAAAAUCCGUGUGUGUGUGUUUGAUGGCGCGCGGAGGCCUGAGAGCUGCAGAGUGAAGCGGAUCAACAGCAUGGCACAGAUUGAGGAUUGCGUUUUAGUGAACAAGUGCAGUGGACAUGAGUCUGCCUUUGAACUUGAUGGCCUUGAACCAGACUUGCUGUGUUUCUCCUUCUGCAUGUAUAGAGAAAAGUUUUAAACUUUGCAUGCUUUAUGAAUACCAGACUGCAGGACUGUGGCACUUCUCUUCCAUGGUUUGCACUUGCAGAAAAAAGAAGACGACUUUGUAUUUCUCUAGCUUAUAUCUGAGAAGACUGGCGAUUACACCACAGGAUGUGGUGCUACACCUCACCCGUUUGAUGGGCACGCCUCACAAAGAGCAGCACCUUUACAGCCCAGCGUGUUUGAUGUUGACUUUGCUGGAUACCAACAAGGUGGGCAAUCAAGAAGAGUACAGAUACGCCACUUUACACCAAAACCAAGGAGGAAGAGUGCAAAAUGGAUGCCUUUUCCAUUCAGGUGAUAGACAACACAACGGGCAGGCUAGAACAUCACGCUAGCUCUCAGGCCCAGGCCAAGCACUUCUACAAAAAGGAUGAUGGUGGAGGAAGUGGAAGGGGGUUAUGCAAAACAGAGGGAAGCACCAGCCCUGAAGACGCAGCACCUCAAGAAAGCUCUGCCUCGUUUAACAGAGAGCAAAUCAUUGUUGAAGUGAACCUUAACAACCAGACCCUGAAUGUUUCCAAGGGGUCAGAGGGCAAGACCAGAGAGCAAGAUCAGAGUCGUCAGUGCAAAAUUAGUGAUGAAGAUAAAGGCUAUGAACAGAGGCAGGAAGAGAUGGAAGUCAGCACAGAGGAGGAGGAGGAGGAUGACGAUGAUGAUGAUGACGACGAUGAUGAUGAUGAAGAGGAGAAUGAUCUUAGCAUUCCAGAGGUUCCACAGGCUAUCCUGGAGAGACCACGGCGUGGUACGAGAGCAAGUGCCGUUUCUUUGUGCCGGGGCCUGGGCAGUGGUACGCUGGCACAGGGAAAGAAGGAGCAGGAGAGUCUGGGCCAGAAAGUAAAACUGGAGGAGAAGCAACACUUUGCCUGCAAGAAAUGUCCACGUGUAUUUAACAACCGCUGGUACCUGGAGAAGCACACGAACGUCACACAUAAUCGCAUGCAGAUCUGCAACAAGUGCGGCAAACGCUUCCUUCUGGACAGUGAGCUGCUGCUACACCAUCAGACCAGCUGUGAGAAGAGCAUACAGUGUGUGACCUGUGGGAAGGCGUUUAAGAAGUUAUGGUCCCUCCACGAGCACAACAAGGUCGUUCAUGGCUACGCUGAGAAGAAGUUCUCCUGCGAGGUGUGUGAGAAGAAGUUCUACACGAUGGCACAUGUCAGGAAGCACAUGGUGGCCCAUACGAAGGACAUGCCGUUUACGUGUGAGACGUGUGGGAAGUCGUUUAAGCGCAGCAUGUCUCUGAAGGUGCACUCUCUACAACACUCGGGAGAAAAACCCUUCAGGUGUGAGAACUGCAGUGAACGGUUCCAGUAUAAGUACCAGCUUCGCUCUCACAUGAGCAUCCACAUCGGCCACAAGCAGUUCAUGUGCCAGUGGUGCGGUAAAGACUUCAACAUGAAGCAAUACUUCGACGAGCACAUGAAGACCCACACUGGCGAGAAGCCGUAUAUCUGCGAGAUCUGCGGGAAGAGCUUCACGAGCCGACCCAACAUGAAGCGCCACCGGCGUACACACACAGGCGAGAAGCCGUACCCUUGUGACGUGUGCGGCCAGCGCUUCCGCUUCUCCAACAUGCUCAAGGCGCACAAGGAGAAGUGCUUCAGGCUCAGCAGCUCUUUAGGAGACGACAGUAGCAUGACCUCGAGGGGUGAAGGGUCACGCCCUUCCUCACUUCCUCUCCUCCACUCCAUUAGCGGCCUUCCUCCUCCUCCAUCUCCUCCUCCACCUCCUCCUCUAUUCUCCACCUCAAGUAAUGACUAAUGGCUUUCAGUGGAAACCUGGAACCUUUUUUUUUUUUUGGUGGGGUGAACCAAAAGCAGUAGGUCAUUCGACUCUGUGGGUGAUGUCCUGCGCAGAGGACUCUGAAUGAAGUAGCAGGUUUUUGUAAACAGUGUUUGACACUGUGUGAACUCGAUCUCAAAAGAUAUUUUAUACAUAAAGAAGAUUUGGCUCCUUGUACUACUCAAAAAUUUUGCUCGUCAUUGUGGUGAAGUUCUCAUGCGCAACUGAUUGCGCAGAUAACAUUGGUUUCAUUUAGAAUGUCUUUACAGGCCAUACGUCCUGUCCGUUCCGUGUGUGUGUGUGUGUAGAUACUGGAAUCAGGCUCUGUUCUCUGCUGUUAGAGGAAUCACCAAUCUUGUAUGUUGUGUAUGCAGCCAGCAGAGGGAUCCGUGUGAUCGAGCAGCAAUGCAAAAGAGCUUUUUCACAAGAAGCUACAAUGCCGAUAACCAAAUCUCUGCGUCCCUGCAGUAACCAAACCCUGUGUGCUUAUUAAUGAGGUAUGAUGUGUUUAUAAUCACUCCUGCACCUUAUUUCUAACUUUAACCAUACGUACACUGAUGUUGUAUUGGUUAAUGUUGUCUGAUGUGAUGCCCUGUCUCUGGCACAUGAGAAAGGGGCGGGGUUAUACAGAAAGUUACAGUGCCCUCCACAAUUAUUGGCACCCCUCAUUAAGAUAUGUUCUUAGGCUUCUAAUAAAUUCUUUUUUUUUUUAAUAAUAUAGGACAACAGUGCAAAAAAAGAGAAAAAUUCAAGUGGGAAAAAAAUCCCACAUUAAGAAAUCUUUUUUUUUUUUAACAUGAAAUCAUGUGUGCCACAAUUAUUGGCACCCCUGAUGUUAAUACUUUGUACAACCCCCUUUUGCCAACAAGACAGCACUUAAUAUUCUCUUAUAACAUUUCACAAGAUGGGAGGAUACAGAGAGAGGGAUCUUCGACCAUUCUUCUUUGCACAAUCUCUCUAAAUCAUCCAGAGUCCUGGGUCGUCUCCUAUGCACUCUCCUCUUCAGCUCACCCCACAGGUUUUCAAUUGGGUUGAGGUCUGGGGACUGAGAUGGCCACUGGAGGAGCUUGAUUUUGUGUCUAGUGAAACAUUUUUGUGUAGAUUUGGCCACAUGUUUAGGGUCAUUAUCUUGCUGAAAGACCCAGUGACGACCCAUCUUCAGCUUUCGGGCAGAGGCCACCAGAUUUUGAUUUAAAAUGUCCUGGUAUUUCAAAGAGUUCAUGAUGCCGUGCACCCUAACAAGGUUCCCGGGGCCUUUGGAAGAGAAACAGGCCCACAGCAUCACCAAUCCUCCCCCAUACUUCACAGUGGGCAUGAGGUGCUUUUCCGCAUACUCAUCUUUUGUGAUGUAUUAGAGUGUUUGUUGCCCAAAAGCACUGUCUUGGUCCCAGUUGAAGUCCCAGUACCGCUUAGCGAACUCCAGACAUUUACGUUUAUGCUUGUAAGUGAGAAAAGGCUUUUUCCAUGCAUGCCUCCCAAACAGCUUGUUGGCAUGUAGAUAGCGCCUGAUGGUUGUUAUGGAGACUUUGUGACCCCCAAGAUGCUACUCUUUGAUGCAAUUCUCUAACAGUGAGCUUUGGAGAACUUUUUACUUCUCUUACCAUCCUCCUCACUGUGCAUGGUGGCAAGAUAAACUUGCAUCCUUGUCCAGGCUUGUUUGCCACUGUUCCAGUUGUUUUAAACUUCUUGAUUCCUCUGACUGUAGAUAUGGGCAGGUGUAGGCGAGUGACUAUUUUCUUGUAGCCAUUGCCUGACUUAUGAAGGUCGACACACAUCUGCCUUACUUGAAUGGUGUGUUCUCUUGUCUUUCCCAUGUUGAAGAGUGGAUAAGAGAAAUGGGCCUCUGUGUCACAUCAUAUUUAUACCCCAGGGAAACAGGAUGUGAUGAUUUAUUAAUUAAAGAUUCCUAGAUACUCUGAUCAAUUUUAUAAACUCCAGUAGAAAUGAUAGAAAUGCUUCAAUUACAUUUAUUUUCUAGGAAUUAUAGGUGCCAAUAAUUGUGGAAC